UGUGAGUGACAGCUUAACCGAAUUUCUCCAGUCGGUUUCCGUUAGCUUUGGGAAGGAGAUGGUCAGAGUUUGUGUUUUACAGAUGAACAGUCUGCUGUGACCGUGAUAGAUGAGAGUCGACAAAACAAGACCGGAGACUGCUAGAAUAAUGCUUCAGCUGCCAUAACGUGCUUUUACAAUGGCCAUCAGGGAAUUGAAAGUUUGUCUGCUAGGGGACACUGGUGUCGGGAAAUCAAGUAUCGUGUGUCGAUUUGUUCAAGAUCACUUUGACCACAACAUCAGUCCAACGAUAGGUGCAUCAUUUUUAACUAAGACCGUCCCCUGUGGAAAUGAACUUCACAAGUUUCUGAUCUGGGACACCGCAGGGCAGGAACGGUUUCAUUCGUUGGCUCCCAUGUAUUACAGAGGCUCUGCAGCGGCUGUCAUUGUUUAUGACAUCACAAAACUUGACUCUUUCCAGACGUUAAAGAAGUGGGUAAAGGAGCUGAAGGAACACGGGCCAGAGGAUAUAGUCGUAGCCAUAGCAGGAAAUAAGAAUGAUCUGGGUGACAUCAGGGAAGUUCCAACUAAAGAGGCGAAAGAUUUUGCAGAGUCCAUCGCUGCCAUAUUUAUGGAGACCAGUGCCAGAAAUGCAGUUAACAUAGAGGAGCUGUUCCAGAAAAUCAGUCGACAGAUCCCUCCGCUGGAGAACACGGACGCCGACAGCCAGGAAUCUUUUAAACUGACACGACAGCCUCCUCCCUCCACCAAACGCUGCUGUUAAACAUCCGCAAGCCACAUGAAGAGGAUACAGUCAAAUGACUGACAAACAUGUAUAUUACAGUAGGAAACACAGCAAUUCUGCAGCUGAACAGUUUUAUACCAAGUCAUAAUGUUUUCUGAAUAUUGCAGUGAUGCUGAGCAACUUCAGGAGGUGAGUUAUCACAACUUGAAAGAAUUUUCAUAUCAAGUCUUUUUAAAUGCAACAUUGUGUUAAAUUGAAAUGCUGUCUAGUAGUAGUUAGCGCUAUGUUUACACAAUAAUAAGUGCCUUAGAAAUGCCAUUUUUACGUUUGAGAUUGUCGUUUCGAGUUUUGAAAACAAAAGCUUUGAUUGGUUAUUUCUAAUCUGGCUUUAUUUGACCACUUACAAUGACAUGAUAGUGUGAUGUAAAUGACUUAGAGAUUUUCAAAUAUGUUGGUCACACUUUGUAUUACAGUGUUCAACACUCCUAAAAAUAAAGGUUCUAUAUUGCAGCAAUGGUUCCAAAAAGAACCUUUAACAUCCAUGGAACUUUUCCAUUCCACAAAAGGUUCUUUAUAGUGGAAAAGGGUUUUUCAGAUUAUUAAAAUGCUCUUUACACUAAGAAAAUAAUGAUUCUUUCAAGAACUGUUGACUGAAAGGUUCUUUUGGGGAACCAAAAAUGGUUCUUCUAUGGCAGGGGUCUCCAAACUUGAUCCUGGUGGGCCACUGUCCUGCAGAGUUUAGCUCCGACUUUCCUCAACACACCUGCCUGGAAGUUUCUAGUAUGCCUAAUUAUACCUUGAUUAACUAGUUCAGGUGUGUUUAAUUGGGGUUGGAGCUAAACUCUGCAGGACAGUGUUUGAGAGUUUGGACACCCCUGUUCUAUGACAUCGCUGUGAAAAACUUUUAUUUUCAAGAGUGUAUGUUUUUACAUACUUCUACUGCAUAAUACUAAUAAACCGCAUCCGUUUAAUGUCAUUUUUUGUAGUGCUGUGUGUAAUUGCACAUAGUUAUUGUUUUUAUUUUAGUAAUUCAUUAAAUGGGCACUGUAAAAUGAAGUGUUACCAAUUUAUUUAUCCUGGAAAAGUGAGUUACUUAAUUAUAAUUUUGUUUUUUUUUUUAUUCCUUUCAUGAACAUUUAAAACUCAUGUGAAAUAUUUACCCCUUUAUCAAAUGAAAAUGUGAGAAAUCAGCCACCAGAGGGCACAAUUGGCUUUACUGUGAACAACAGUUUUCUGCUUACCUGUUGCUGUCAGUGGAAAAAAGACUUUCCCCCCCCACUAAAAUGUCUAACAAUAUGCGUUUUUCAAUGGUUUUUAGGAAAUGACAAAAUUCUGUUAAUCUGUUAAACAGGUGCACUUAUUAGCUGAUCACUAAAUAUGUACAACAUUUCCCCAAAAAGUUUAAACACUGUGAUUCUGCUGUGCUGUCAUUACAUUACUUUACUUUACUUUAAGCAUCCCAACCAACCUCACACCGCAAUCUUCGCUGGGACAGGACUAUUUGUUCGACUGACAGCGAUUCCUCCAUUGGUUGGCUCAUUAUUUUUGCAAUUCCAUUUGGUGACACUAGUGCUUCAGAAAUUACACACUUCACCUUUAAGGCUAAAAGCAUAAAAGCAGGGUAAUUGUGCGUUCUCCUACAUAAUCAGCCUGCCUUGGUGUGGUUGUGGGAGGAUUGAUUACCUGUCCUGUAGUUUUUCAAUUUUGUAAUCAGAAGGAUCUUUUCUGUCAGUCACAGCUGGCAAAAUCACACAUGUGUCACAUUACAAGCAGUAGUUCUAACAGUUCUAAUCAUAAAGCAUCACAUAUAAUAUAACAUUUAAUAUGAGUAUAUCUAUAUAUUUAUAUCUCUUUUCUAAAAUAAACGUUAGAAGGAUUAAAAUUUAGUGCGAAUUCACGUAGAUGCCUUAACCUAACUGGGUGAGAUCUGGUGAUUAAUUAUCAUUUUAUACAUUUUGUAAAUAACUUCAUAUUUGUACUUUUAAACCUUCCUUUUGUUAGUUAACUUAAUUUUUGUUUUAUGUGAUGUUGUGACAAUGGUAUCCAACACAUUUUGUACCAGAUGUCAUAAAUAAACUACAAAUGCAGUACACAAA